AUGAACAAAAAGAGGUCUGCGCCGGGGUUGGGGCUCGUCACGGAGUCGGCCGCGUUGAAGAAGCGGAAGACGGAUGGGAUGCAAAAGUUUUACGCAGUCCAGGCAGGGCACAAACCCGGCGUUUAUCUCAACUACGCAGAAUGUUCCAGCCAAACAGCUGGGUUCAAGGGCGCCGUCUUCAAGUCUUUUACGUCGAGAGAUGAUGCCGAGGCGUUUGUGGCCGGCAAGAAAGUUUCGGCGCCCGCCAACGAGCCGGAUCGGUUCUAUGCCGUCGCCGUCGGCUCGCCAACAGGCAUCUACAAGACCUGGGAUGAGGCCGCCAUGGCGAUCAAGGGAGUGAAAGGCCCCAAGUACAAGCGAUUCGGCAAGCGAGGCGAAGCGGUCGCCUACAUCAAGCAGUUCGGAAGCAGGGAAGCCAUCGAGGCGUUGGGGGAGAGCGUUCCGGAGAAGAUUGAGGCACCGGUGGUGGUGCCGGCUGCGAAACAAACGAGGAGGGCAGUAGUGGCGCCGGCACCGCCAGUCGACGAUGCCGUGGAGAUUUACACGGACGGAAGCAGCCUGGCAAACGGCAAGCUCGGGGCGAGGGCCGGCAUCGGCGUCUUCUUCGGCGACGGCGAUCCUCGAAACUUGUCGGAGCGUCUCGAGGGCGAGCCGCAGACGAACCAGCGAGCCGAGCUGAUGGCUCUGCUGCGAGCGCUCGAGAUUGCCCCGACGAACCAGACGGUUCGCAUCAUCACCGACAGCCAGUACUCCAUCAACGCCGUUACGCAGUGGGCCGUGGGAUGGAAGCAAAAGGGAUGGAUGACGGCCAACGGAGGCCAGGUCAAGAACCAGGACAUCAUCCGCGCCGUUCUGGAUAGGAUGGAUGAGCGGACGGCGGCCGGAGCCAACACGUACUACCGCUGGGUGAAGGGUCACGCGACGAGUAGGGGCAACAUGGCGGCGGACAGCCUCGCCGUCCGGGGGGCCAAAUCGGCGCUGCGGCCCAGUUGA